CCAGAGUCUCGUCGGCGACGCGACUGAAUAUAUGUACCUGGUGAUGUACCUUCCAACACCACCAUACCACCACACACCUGUCGAAAUCCUCCCCAGAUCUGGAGUUGUGCCGGCUUCUUCAGAGUACCUCACGUCUACCAAUAUCAUUGCUAUAAAGCUAUCCCGGGACCAACAAGACCUCGUAGGUGCAGGACGACCCUACAUGCGACGGCAUUGCGCGUCAAUUCCUCUGGCAGCAACGCCCUUCAGAAGCCAGUAACGCUCGCAACCCCUCAGCGUGUUCGCCCCUUUGUCACAAUGUCGUCUCGAGCCGAUUCAACUGUCCCGUCUACGCGACGCCUGCGCAAAUCGACAGGGCUUUCACCUGCGAAGAAGAAGACAGAGAAAGAGAACAUCACUGUUGAUGUGGCUAGUUCUUUGGCCAGUAACGGAGGCCGAAAGAAAUCCCGAAGCAAGAGUAUGGGCCCUGGUGGAUUGGAUGCCCUGAAGCCGGGAUCUGGCAACAGACGCAUGUCGCUGGCAGCUCCUGCUCGACCACCACCAAGAUCUAUUCUGAAGCCGACGAUUCCGUUACCCGAGAUCCCCUCGUAUAAAUCCAAGCUGCCCACACGGGCCACCACAUCCUCUUCCACCGUCCAAGGAGCCGACAUGCUACCGAACCCGUUCCAGACCGACGACACCGGCUCGUCCGGCACGAAGAUCGCAGUACGCACCGAGGAGGAGCAGCAAGCCGCCGCCCGAGAAAGGGAAGAGCGCGAACGAGCUCAGCUUGAAAAAGAGAUUAACGAUCGGCGAGAGGCUCGACGGAAAUCCCUGGCCAACCGAAGAGUGUCGUUCGCCGCUGAGGCGACUCUCCACACUUUUCACGAGAUCGAAUACAUGCAAGAUUCCACAACCUCAACCGACUCUACGCGGAGAGCCUCGUCGCUUGCUGCGCGGUCGCCUGCUCCCCAGCCGGCGGGCGAAGAAGCUUCGGAUCCCCCCUCGACGCCUCCAGAACAAUCGGAGGAUGCCGACCCCGAUUCGCCGGAGAAUCAACCGGAUGUGCACCAAGGAAAGAGUCGUCGGAGCUCGGCCGCUUCCUCCCUAAACUUCAACUCAAACGACGAGACGCUAGCAUCAAGCAUCUAUAGCUCAGACUCUGAGGCGGCAGACGGUGUAAUAGAGGCACACGAAGAGAUUGGGUCGGAUUCUGGUAGCGACUCUGAUGCUGAUGGAGUGACGAUGGACCUGGGUGUCGACGAGGUUACCGGCAUGUCGGCCGUUUCUGCCAUCUCUGCGCGUUCAACUUAUUCGUCAGACUCGAGUGAUACAGUGGAUACGGCGUUACGACUCGCUUCCCAGCGAGCCGAAACUCAGAGAUUUGAUGAAGAGGAAGAGGUCAUCCCGUCAUUUGGCUGGGUUAAGAAGCCUCCGCCAGCCCAGUCGAGUUAUAUCCAGGGUCAAGAGGAUAUCCAAAGUUCGUCAAACACCAACCCUGCCAGAAGUGGCGACGACCGGGAAGAGACUGGCGCCAUGGAUAUGGACGAUGAUAUGGAUAUGGAUAUGGAGAUGACGCAUGCCGUUGGAGGCAUCAUUAAAUUCAAUGAUUCCCCUAAAGACCUCCAGGAAGAGGAAGAAAUGUCAAUGGAUGUGACUCGAGCACUAGGCGGUAUUCUCCCAGCAUACAACAAGCUACAAAAGAGACAAUCGGCUAGCCCGGAAAAAGUUGGUGAGGAUUUAGCGAUGGAGGACGCUACCAUGGAGUUCACCACGGCGGUUGGCGCCAUUCAAAAAGGUAUCCCGACCGUCGCGAAUCUCAUCGACUUUGGAGAUAACGAAAAUAACGAAGACAUGUCGAUGGAGCUUACCACCGUCAUGGGCGCCGUCCUGUCCGGGAAUAGAGCUAUACCAAAAAAGCCCCUCCAAGGCCGCCGUCGCACAAUUGCCACGGGCGAGGACGAAGCGACGAUGGAUAUGACCGUUGGCUUGGGCCGCAUUCUUCCCGGUAGCGAGAAUGUCGAGAAUGACGAGAAUGACGAGGAGGUCACGAUGGGAAUGGACAUGACCAUAGCGAUGGGUGGAAUCAUCAAAGGUCCCCCUUCAGCCAAAGACCGUACUGAGGCAAGGCAUCUCAUGGAAGAGGAAGUAGACAAGGAUGAUAACGUGCCAUCAUUGAGGUCAUCUUCGAAACGGCGUCUAUCUGAAGUUAUUGCUGGGGCAAAUGCUCCGGAAGCAGGGAGAAGUCCUGGGUUAUCUGCGUUUCAAGGCCAAGAGCUUCGUCGCAGUAUUUCCCUGCAGAAGCCGGCCGCCACGAUAGAUAGCUCGCCUGUUCGAGUCGUGCCCACUCUCAACUCGACAAGCCCCGCUAACUUAGGCACGCCAAACGCACGCGGACCUCGCACUCCGUUAAAGAGCUCUCCAUCGUCCAAGUCAAAGCCGCGCUCAGCUUCCCCUCCUAAACAUGGCUCGACCGUGUCCAACUCUACCCCCAGAUCCGCAUCCAAGAAUGGGCAGACACCGUCCAUUUUCCGUCAGGACUCUGCCACCGGCACAUCAACGCCACGGGUGAUCUUGACGCCCCAGAAUAGGCGGCUUUCGGGCGUAGGCGCUGAUAAGCCGGGCCUUGGAUCCCCGAGGGUGACAGCCAUCCUCGAUCGGCGGGGAUCCAUCAGUGAUUCAGCAGAAAGUUUUACUCCAGUCGAAGCCCCGCGAGUUGUCACCUUCGCCAAACCCCAAAUCAUAGAGGAAGAAGUUGACCGGGAGCGCCAAGAGGAAGCGGACAGAGAGCACCGGUUCCAUUUAGGCGACGCAGAUGAGGAAACCACUACUACUUUAAAAGAUAUGAUCUCUAGCAUGACACCCAAAAAAAAUCCACUCAAGGGGCGCAAAAGUCUGCAUGUGGGUAGUGCUAGGGGCCUCCUCGGCAAACGCCCAGCUGAGCUUGAGGAUGAAGACGAUGACUCAGAGUUGAGAGACGGAAUCAAACGACUCAGGAAUCAUCAGGGCAGCCCAGUCAAGAACGUGCGGCUUCAUGCGCCACCUUCCAAGGAAGAAACGACUGGGCGCGUAACUCGCUCGAGUAGCAAAACACCCGAGGAUGUAGGCGAUAGGGGAACCGGCGUGACGCCGAUGCUAUCACCGAAGAAGGCAUCCGCAAUAGCGACCUCUCCCCAGGCCAAGGCACACCCUGGAGGUCCUGAAUUCGACCGACCGGCCAUCACAAUCAACUUUGACGAGCUGUCCGUUGCAAUCGAAGAAAAUACCCACGGCGGCAACAACGGAGAUCAGAUCCACCUCCAAGACUUCCUCAACAUGACAAACAUCCGCUUCAUGGAAUUAACUACGACGAAGCGGCGCCACACCCAGGCUCCCACGGUCACGAAAGGCGAUGCUGCGCUAGAAAAGGAGGACCUCUCCCUAGAGAAAUGCGUCGUAGCGGGGGCUUGCACAGUCCCUAUGCUGGAGCUAUAUCAGCAUUCGUGCCGGGAACUCAAGAAAUACAUAUCAGAGGGCCGGAGGAUAGUUCGCGAGAUCGAAACGGAGACUCUCGAGGAGAACCCGCCGCUCUUCCGAGAAUAUAUGUCAGCAACGCCCGAGUACAAGCUCUUCAUGGACAACCAAUUCAAGAACGUGAAGACGCACGCACGACUGCUUAGCAAGGCAAUGUGGUACGAGUGGCGCAUGAAGCUGCAAGACGGCCUCAAGGAGGGCCUGGUGAAGAUAUCCGAGGGCAUGGAAGCCGACGAAGAAUUGCUCACGCGGGAACAAGACCUACUCGAGGCGGUCUUACCCGGUCUGGUGGAGCAAUCUGUAUCCUUGGAGACCGAACACGAGAGCCUCGAAUCUUGGGCGCAAGAAUUAGCAGAUUGCGACCCCGAAGAGCUACAAAGCGCCCGCUCUGAGCUUACAGAGGUCGAUGCGGACAUGCAAGAGAAAACGCGCAAGAUCGAGGAGCUCCGUGAGCAGCUCAAGGAGACGGAAACCAAGAUUAACGAAGCGACGCAGAGGAAGAAGGACUGCGUUUCGGACAUCGAGGAAGCUGAGAGGAUCCGCGAAGAAUGCAGGGGGUGGAGCUCCAACGAAAUCAACUCUCUCAAAGCCAGGGUGGAUGAGAUCGAGAAAAAGUACGGCUGGACCAUUACAGGCACGGUGGGGACUUCGCCAUCGAUGACAUACAAGAGAGAGAUCGAGCUUGUCUUCGACGUAGCCGCGUUCAAAAGCCUCAAACCGAACUCGAGAAUCGACCUGCGCUAUAUCGCAGCCAAUCGGGAGGCGAACCCAGAGCCGGGCACGCCAGAAAAGGAAUUCUUCGUGCAGUGCAUCCGGGAUCACGUGCAGGGCUUAGCGCAGGCGGAGACGAAGAUCAGCGAUCUCCUCGGCACGGUCAGCGCGUCUUGGCAGAAGGCCCGGUACGUGUCGGAGAACAUCCGCCUGGUGAACUGCACGUUCCCGACGACGGUGGUGAAGACGUCGGACUCGUCGGUCGCCGUGCGCUCGACGCUGUUCCUGCGGCCGCUGAAGACCAAGGUCGAGAUCGUGCUCGGGCUGCACGGCGGGUGCGGCGGGGGCCCGCAGGAGUCGCGGGGCGUCGAGGUGACGAUCACGCCCGAGGCGCGCGUCGUCUACGGCGAGCAGUUCAAGGCGGACAAGAUCGUUGAGUUCCUCGCGGCCGAGAUCGGGACGCGUGUGGUCGCGGACGGCGAGCGCGUCGGCAGCGGCAAGGUGGACGACUGGAGCAACGCCGUCGUCAAGCUGUACGAGAAGCUCCUCGCGAGCGGGAAGAAGUGAAGGCGGCGCUGGGGAGGGAGGGCGCGAAAAUACACGUUGCUGCAGCUUUCGGGCAUCUCUCGACGACGCGAGCAUUUCGCCACGAAAUUAUGACUUUUGCUUUGGUACGGAACGUGUAUGGGGGGUGCGGGUGCGGUUCGGAUGGGGGUGGUGAGAAGGCGUCGGUCGGUUGCAAAGGCCCGGAAGGGCUCGUAGCUUC